ACAGGCUGAAAUGUGAUUUGGGAGCGGCGAUAACGUUAUAUAUACUACCUUAUGAGAUAGAGGUGAAUAUUUAGUUCGGUGUGUUUAUCGAUAGAUAUGGGGAUUCAAUUUAACACGUGUGCAAUUGAAAAGAGUGACUUGUACUCUCACAAGGAUUUUUUAGUGGCCAGUGUCCGCAAGAGACAUUUACAUGCGGAGGAUCGUAUAGGACUGUCUACCCCUUUGGAAGAAGACAGUUGCAGACAGUCAGAAGAAACAGCCAGGGAAGAUUUACGUGCUGAUUAUGUGCUUAAGGAAGAUGUGAAAUCCGUCUGCACAAAAACAUGCGCCGAGAUAGUCAAGCACUUCUCAGCGGUGAUAAUUGCUUUGACAGCAAUUUGCCUCGUAUUCAGCGACAGACUGACAUUCAACCCGCAGGUGGUGACAUUCCUGCACCUCCUCACGUUCUCCGCGCACUUUGGCGCGCAAUGCUGGGUCACAUUCAUAGCUGGGAUUACCAUGUUUUUCAAUUUACCGAGGAUUAUGUUUGGACGGGUGCAAUGUAGACUUUUUCCAUUGUACUUCGGAUCCACUUUGCUACUUUCCUGUGUAACAUUACUGACCUUUACUAUACGUCAGUCUACGUCUAGAAACCAAGACAACAUAACGUUUUACCUGUUGGGUGCCUGCGUCGCUUUUACCUUCAUCAACAGCUUUUACCUAGCAUCCAACAUCGUCAGUUCGAUGAUUAAUGUGUUCGAACUCGAGAAAGGUUCACAUGUGGCUUUUGCGGUCGGUUUUUGUGACCGAACAGAACUGAAGAAGCAGCCGGGGUACAUCAUGCACUACAAGCGAUUCCGAGUGUUUCACGGUAUAUCAGGUGUGGCAAAUAUAUUGACGUUGAUUUGUAAUCUAAUGUACAUGUACCAUCUUGCAUGUGUAUGUGAGUUGUAAGAUGAAAUGCAUUUUUGUGUCAGUAAAUAAAUGUUAUCAACAAUU